AUGUUUAACCAAGCCAUCUGUAAUCAGCAAGACAUCGAGAGACUUCGAGAACUUUGUGAACAGCCAGCGGCAGCUACCGCAGGCAGACAACUCAGAUCUGGAACUGCAGAUGAGUGGAGAAUCAUUGGGGGAAUGGCAGAAGGAACGAUCGUUUGUCGAAGGAAGCCAGAUUUCCUCAAGAACAUUCUUGACUUUAAAGAUCGGCUACCUAUUCAAGAGGACAUACGAAGGGCAGCGGAAGCAAUGCACACCAAUACGCCAGACCUACGCAAAAUGCGCAGUUCAGUCAAAACGAUCAGCUACAAUCAUGUUCAUCGGAGUUUACAUUUCUUCUUUUUUGAUAGAGCCGCAGCUCGUCAAUAUCAGAAUGUACAAGUUCCUUUCUACCGUCUCGCUAACGUCCAUGGACCAGAUACGGGUUCAGUCUGGACGAGACAAUUGGCACAAGACGGCACGCGUAAAUCACCUCAACGGCAAUAUGAACUUACUUGCAGCAAAACAUAA